AUGUUUCUGAAUCUUUCUUCUGGAAAGGGUAUGGCAUUUUCGUUGUAUGAGCGGCAAUACCUCGGUAUACAUGGGCUUCUUCCUCCUGCCUUCAUGACUGCUGAACAACAGGCGUACCGCACCAUGUCAAAACUACGAGAACAGCCCAAUGAUCUCGCAAGAUAUAUUCAAUUGGAUAGUCUUCAAGACCGUAAUGAGAAAAUUGGUAUGGCAUUUUCGUUGUAUGAGCGGCAAUACCUCGGUAUACAUGGGCUUCUUCCUCCUGCCUUCAUGACUGCUGAACAACAGGCGUACCGCACCAUGUCAAAACUACGAGAACAGCCCAAUGAUCUCGCAAGAUAUAUUCAAUUGGAUAGUCUUCAAGACCGUAAUGAGAAAUUGUUUUAUCGAGUUUUAUGUGAUAAUAUCAAAGAAUUAAUGCCUAUAGUCUACACACCUACUGUCGGAUUGGCAUGUCAAAAAUUCGGCUUCAUCUAUCGUAACCCCAAGGGACUGUAUAUAACUAUUAACGACAACUCGAUUAGUAAAAUUUAUCAAAUCCUCUCCAACUGGCCGUUGACACAUGUUCAAGCAAUUGUGGUGACGGACGGCGAGCGAAUUCUGGGACUGGGAGAUCUUGGAGCGUACGGUAUUGGUAUACCCGUCGGAAAGCUGGCUCUUUAUGUUGCAUUGGCCGGCCUUUAUCCAGAGUGGUGUCUUCCAGUUCUUAUCGAUGUUGGUACGGACAAUCAGGCAAUUGUGGUGACGGACGGCGAGCGAAUUCUGGGACUGGGAGAUCUUGGAGCGUACGGUAUUGGUAUACCCGUCGGAAAGCUGGCUCUUUAUGUUGCAUUGGCCGGCCUUUAUCCAGAGUGGUGUCUUCCAGUUCUUAUCGAUGUUGGUACGGACAAUCAGGCGCUUUUGAAUGACCCAUUCUACACUGGACUGCGUCGAAAACGAGUGAGAGGCCCCGAGUACGACACACUUAUCGACAACUUUAUGAAGGCUGCCACCAAACGAUUUGGCCGAGACACACUAAUCCAGUUUGAAGAUUUCGGAAACCAAAACGCUUACCGUCUCCUCGAUCGAUACAAGAACGAGUACUGUAUGUUUAACGAUGACAUACAAGGUACGUUGAUUGUUGUUCUGUACUAUUUUUUGAACCAUGUUCUAAAAAUAUUUCCUAUUAGAACAGCUGCAGGGUGUAGUCGCCAGCAUUACUUGGCAACAACGCGAAUUACCAAGAAGCCGCUUUCGCAUAAGAAACUCGUCUUCUUGGGAGCAGGAGGAGCGGCUACCGGUGUGGCUGAAAUGUGCGUACGACAAAUGGUCGACGAGGGUCUCACAGAGCAGGAAGCUUGCGCAAACAUCUUACAUGAUCGACAUCGACGGUCUCCUGACGAAAAGUCGAUCUACGACUUUAUCAGACCGACAUCUUCGCUUUGCGAAAGCAAGUUCUUCUUGUUACUUGAAGGCUUCAUCACAUUUGAUUUCACCGAUUUUUUUCAGGACCUUCCCGAUACGAAGAGUUUGCUAGAAGUGGUGAAGACUGUGAGGCCUGCUGCUCUUAUU